CUAACCGCCUUGAACCUGGGUGAACUCGCACGGUGUAAAAUUCCGGGGGGACUCCCGUAGACAUUUAAACAAAGAUAAGUGUAACGACCGUGUCUCCUCAUCACUGGGAAUCCGCGCAUUCUUCAUCAUUUGGCCCCCCCAUCCCUCCAUUCUUCUCCGUUGGGCCGCAAAGAGAUGAAAACUUUGUCCUAAGGAACCUGCAAGAAAGUCUUCCUUUCGGACCUGUGCAACUACUUGGGGUAUCAACAAUAUGAAAGGCUCUGAGUGUAGCUUAGAAAAGAAAAAAAUGGUUAAGAUGCCGGCGCGGAAGCUUCGUGAGGUCGUUUCUCCAAGUCGGAGAGGUCAUUUAGCUUUGGUGCAAGAUGAGUUGCCCCGUGUGCCUCCAGCCUUGACUACAAAUAAACAUCUUCCCAUUCGAAUGGAGGCUACCUUAAAUAGAACCUUAUGUGGUACAUCAGAUUUAACUUCUGAAAGAAAUCACCAGCAUCUGUUAGAAAAUCCCACUGGAUCAGAAAACGGUUUUUCCAAAGAUAUUGUGGUGCAUGGGCUACCUUUGGAUCAAACAGAAGAGAACAACAGACAAAACGCAAAUGACAUCUUUAUUUCUCAGUACACAGUGGGACAGAAAGAUGCUCUAAGAACAGUUCUAAAGCAAAAAGUUCAAAGCAUGCCUGUUUCUAAGGAAGUAAAGGUACACCUUUUAGAAAAUGCAGGUGCUGAAAAGGAUGCUGUUACCCAGGAGGCUAGAACUUCGCCCAGUGGAAUUGAUUCAGCUACGACUGUGGCUGCAGCCACUGCGGCGGCCAUUGCAACAGCAGCUCCACUGAUAAAGGUACAUAGUGAUUUGGAAGCCAAAGUUAAUUCUGUUACAGAAUUACUUAAUAAAUUACAAGAGACUGAUAAAAACUUGCAAUGGGUUACGGAGCAGCAAACAAGCAUUCAGAAUAAUCAAAACAAACUACACUGUCAUGAUCAUGAAAAACAAAUAAGUGUGCUAAUGGAGCAGCACUUUAAGCAACUUGAAAAACUACAGCAACAACAAAUAGAUAUUCAGACUCAACUUAUUAGUGCUGCACUGAAGACCAAUAAUUUUCAGCCUGCUAGCCUGCCCCUCUCCAGAGCAAUGGAAAUGAGUUCCGUCAUUCCAGAACAUUCUCAUGUUAGCAGCAGCAGUCUAUCUUCACAUAAGACCUUUGCUUCUAAACAAGUACCUUUAAAGGAAGUUGAAGAUAAGGGCGUUGAGGAACAGAAAUCUCCUUUAGAAACACCAGCACCACGCAGGUUUGCUCCUAUACCUGUGUCAAGGGAUGAGGAGAUAUCCAAGAAAGAAAAUCCUAUGGAAGAAAAAGAAAAUAUGGCAAUGUCAGGUUAUAGAGGACAUGGAAGAUUAUUAGAACAAAUAUUGAAUAAUAAUGAUUUUUUGACAAGAAAAAGUGAAUCAUCAGAAAAGUCUUCACUAGGGUCAAGUUUGGCAUGGACUCCUGAGAAAAGAAACAGUAUUGAAACUCUACCUUCUCAAAGAUUUCCUUCCUGUGAAGAGCUAGGAACAGCCAAAGUGACUAUGCAGAAGCAUAAUGAUGUUCUUCAUAAUCUUGGCCAAAAGAAGAGGGAAACAAAUGGCAAAUUCCAGCCAAAAGAAUCUUCAAUUCCAUUGAAGUUAGCUGAUCUUCCACAGAAUUCUGUUAAGCUUCAAACGAACAAUGCAACGAGAUCUAUAUUGAAAGAUGCUGAGCAGAUUUUGAGAGGAGUACAAAACAAUAAGAAAGUACUUGAAGAAAACCUGGAAGCUAUUGUUCGUGCUAAGGAUGGAGCUGCUAUGUAUUCAUUUAUCAAUUCUUUAUCUACCAAUAGAGAGAUGUCAGAGAAAAUUAGGAUCAAAAAGAAAGUAGAUGAAUGGAUUAAAACCAUUUCUGCAGAAAUUCAGGAUGAAUUCUCAAGAAAAGAUUGUGAACAAAAAAGAUUUGAUCAGAAGAAUCAAAAGAUCAAGACUACUCAGAAUGUGAACAAAGAUAUUAAAAUGAACAUACAAGACAGAGAUUUUAGUAAAUCUGUAAUUCCACGAAAGUGCUCUCAGAAACAAGAAGAGUAUUUUAGAAGCCCACCGAUGAGGAACAUGCCUGCCUCAAGCUUACUGAAAGAGAGAAAAGUAGAGCUUUUGAAAUCAACCACAGUUCUACAAGAUGAGGAUUAUAUGUUACAAAUAUAUGGAAAGCCAAUUUAUCAGGGCCACCGCAGCACUCUUAAAAAAGGACCUUAUCUCAGAUUUAAUUCUCCAUCUCCUAGGUCCAAACCACAGAGACCAAAAGUGAUAGAACGAGUUAAAGGUACUAAAGUCAAAUCAAUAAGGACACAAACUGACUUUUAUGCAACAAAACCCAUGAAGGUGGGCUCUAAAAUAAACUAUCUCAAACCUACACUGCCUCAUGGUGAUCAGCAGUAUUUGUUCAGCCCAAGCAGAAAAAGACCUUCUGUUUCAGGUACCCGGGAAGGCCAUCUAAUUCCUAUGGCAGUUCUCCUAGGACAAACACAAAGUAAUAGCGAUUCCAUGCCACCUGCUGGAGUGAUUAUAAAGAAGCCACACCCUGUAACAGUGACUACUUCUAUUCCUCCAUCAUGUCAGCAAAGAGAAGCUAGAGUAAAGAAACCUAAUAUAGCAGUUGUUGAAAUGAAGUCAGAAAAAAAAGAUCCUCCUCAGCUUGCUGUACAGGUAUUGCCGAGUGUAGAUAUUGACAGCAUUUCCUACAGCAGUGCAGAUGCUGAGUCCCCUCUGCCCUGUCCCCGAGAAGCUUCUCUUUCUCCACCAUACACUGGGAUACAGAUUCCAGAAUUUGUAAAGGUAGAUGACGACUUGAAGUUGCCUGGAACUAACUUGAAUGAAGUAAUUGAUGUUACACAGGAAGAAGAAACACGUGAUGAAAUUCCAGAAUGUUCUGAACCAAUGUUGGAGUUUAACAGAAGUGUUAAAGUUCUUUCUACAAAAUAUAAUGGUCCUCCAUUUCCACCAGUUGUUUCUACAUUUCAGCCAACUACUAAUAUUCUAGAGAAAGUAAUAGAGAAAAAAGAAACAUUGGAAAAUGACUUAGUUCAGUGGGUAGAACAAGAAAUAAUGUCAAGAAUUAUCUCUAGACUCUUUCCAAUCCAGCAUCAGGCCAGGCCUAAUGACAGUGAUUCAGUUAGUGAAGCAAGUGAAUCAUUGACUUCUGACAUUGUGGAAGGAACAAGUGGCAGUGCUCUUCAGCUCUUUGUUGAUGCGGGUGUUCCGGUGAAUUCAGACAUGAUUAGCCAUUUUGUGAAUGAAGCUCUUGCUGAGACCAUUGCUGUCAUGCUGGGUGACCGGGAAACAAAGAAGCAAGCUCCUGCUACCACCAGUGCUUCUGGUGAUAUUUCAACAAAUGAAACAUGCUUGCCGGAAACAUGCGAAAGAGUGUAUACCCCAGUGGCUACCCCACAGCCUACUCCUCCUGGCUCACCUCCAGCAUCCCCUAAGCUCGUGUUAUUACAAACUCCAGAUUCCUCUCCCUGCGAUUCAGAUCAUGAGAUAGCUUUUUCUGUGAAAGAAAUAGUUGCUGAAAAAGAAAAAUCUGUAGGGACUGAUAUGUCUGCCAUCACACUUAAUACUCCAACAGUUACUCCUACUUUGACACCUCCCUCAGCAGCUGCUCUUACCCCAACUUUGUCAGAGAUUUCCAUUGAUAAAAUGAAGAUAAUGAGCUCAGAUUUGAAGAUUCCUAAGCCAUGGGGAGAUGGAGACCUGCCAUUGGAUGAAGAGAAUCCUAAUUCAUUUCAAGAGGAUCUUCAACCAAGAGCUAUAGUAAUGUCUGUGGCUAAAGAGGAAGAACCUGAGGACAUGGUCCUCCCUGCUCAGCCUGCACCUCCAGAGUCAGUUCCCUUCAUACCAUUUCCUGCAGCUCCCAAGGCUCCUUCUCCCGUACAGAUGAUCAGUUCACGUUCAUCCACACUGGAGAGCACAUUGAGUGCUACUGUCACGGAGACGGAAACUUUAGAUAGACCCAUCUCUGAAGGAGAAAUUUUAUUUAGCUAUGGUCAAAAAUUGGCUUCCAGGAUUUUAAAAGAUGGAGGAUUGUACCACACAAACCUAAAUGAUAGCUUAUCAAGCACUCUGCAGGAUGCCCUUGAAAUGGAAGAUGAUCCUCCCAGUGAAGGACAGGUGAUUAAGAUGCCCCAUAAAAAAUCUCAUCUAGAUGCAGUUCGUUUUCUUACUAAACAAAACCAGGAGUUGGGUUCACAGCAAGCAGUCUAUCAUUCUGAGGACUUGGAUAUCAGUGUGGGUGAACUUAGUGAAGGUCAGAGGCCCAGGCUGACAACCGCAGUGGAAAACAUCUUAAUGGGCCAGUCUUUCUAUAUGCCACUGUCCAUUGUCAAUGCAGAGUCUGUGGAUCAGCCGUGUGACCCUAGGCCAUUAUUUCAGCAGUCCAGCACAGGUUCAGGUGGUAUUUAUGAAGAUUCCUGUGCUAGUCAUGGUCCAAUGAGUUUGGGAGAAUUGGAAUUACAGCCAGAUUCGAACCUGAUUCUUCCCACAACUCAUCUGACAACACAAGAAAGUGAUACUAAGUUACCAGAAGCAGCAGCAAAUUUUUCUCAGUACCAACAGACUAAGAAAGACCAAGGUGUUAAACAAGAUGAACACAAGCCAGUACAAUGUCGUGUAAUACAUGUCAAAAGUAAAUCUGAUGUUUCACUUUCACAACAACCAGGUGGCGAGGUAGUACCACUCUUCACUUCACAAAGAGCACCUGCCAAGAUGUCCGUGACGCUGCCCUCUGUGAAUAUGGAGAAUGACUCUCAGUCUCUGUGCAGGGACACGGAGUCCUCCGAGUCAGACACCUUCUGAGUGGAAGUGAGAGCCAGAACUGUGAUCAUGGAUGCCUUUCACUUAAAUCCAUUUCUCAGACUAUUUUGUGGUCUUUGAACACAUUCAGGGAAGCCAUUUCUGAUUUUUUCAUCAAAAUGAAAAGCAUAACUGUAAUGUUUUUGAAUAAAAUAAAUA